AUGAAAGCAUCCGUGGGAAUAGCUUCAGCGGCACUGAUAGCCACCUCUGCUUUUGCGCAGGGCGUGCCUACUUAUGUCAACCCUGCCGUGCCAACAGGAACACCCGUUUCCGGCAACUACACUGGACCUCUGAGGCCUCAAGUCCACUUCUCUCCUCCGGAGCACUUCAUGAACGACCCCAAUGGUAUGUUUGUGGAUGCCGACGGGACGUACCAUCUUUACUACCAGUACAACCCAACGGGGACCGUCGCUGGCAACCAGCACUGGGGCCAUGCCACGAGCAAAGAUUUAUAUCACUGGGAGAACCAGCAGAUUGCCCUCUUCCCACCCGAGGAGAUGGUGUAUGUCUUCUCUGGAAGUGCAGUGGUGGACGCCAACAAUACGUCCGGGUUUUUUCCUGACCAGGACAAUGGCGUCGUGGCAAUUUUCACUCUGGCACGGUACUACGAAGACGGGUCAGCGGGUCCGCAGGUCCAGGCCAUCGCAUACUCCCAUGAUGGCGGCUACACCUUCGAGUACUACGACAACAACCCCGUCAUAAACAGCACAAGCACCCAGUUCCGAGAUCCAAAGGUUUUCUGGUACGAAGACCACUGGGUCGCCGUAAUUGCUUACGCACAAGAGUUUGUCGUCGGGGUAUUUACCAGCCCUGACCUAAAGACGUGGGAGCACGCCUCCAAUUUCUCUCACCACGGUCUUCUCGGCGCCCAGUACGAAUGCCCUAACCUGGUCAAGAUUCCCGUUCGCGACAGCAUCGGCGGCGAGGUUGUUGACGAGGCGUACGUUAUGGCCAUCUCUCUGCAGCCCGGUGCGCCAUUGGGAGGUUCGGUCACACAGUACUUCCCCGGCACAUUCAACGGGACACACUUCGAGACGAUCGACGAUGCAACGCGUCUCACCGACUUUGCCAAGGACAACUACGCAGCGCAGUAUUUCUACGGCCUGCCAGACGGGAGCAAUGCCAUCAACAUCGGUUGGGCAUCAAACUGGCAGUACGCACAGCAAGUCCCGACGGGAAACCUCGAAGGCUGGCGAAGCGCCAUGACUUUGCCGAGGGCUAACUAUCUGACCAACGCGACUCGCAUCGGUUGGGUUGUUGCGAACGAGCUGGUUGACCCCAGCCCGGUCCUCGAUACGCCGCUGAACACGACGACCUUCGAGGGCAACGGCUCCGUGGAGGUGGACUUCUCGUCAGUCGCGUCGAAUGCUUUAUACAUCGAAGCCAACGUGACCGGACUCAACUCGAGUACCAUCACUGGCUCUUCGACACUGAACCUUACCUUCACCUCAUCUACUUCCGGCGAGUCUUUGCGCUCGGGAUACUAUUUUGGCGGGGACCAGCCCUUCUUCGUGGACCGAGGGCACAUAUCAGGGUUCGACAACAUUUUCUUCACUGAUAAGUUUUCUGUGGCCGACGUAUGGAACACAUCUUCCGGCACCUGGAGAAUGCAGGCUGUCAUAGACAGGUCUAUUCUGGAGGUCUUUCUCGACGGUGGCGUCCACGCCGGGACCGUCUUAUUCUACCCUGAAGAGCCUCUGACGGCCCUGAGCCUGGAAACUGCCAGUCUCCCCGCUGGGGUAGAAGUGAGCGUCGCCAUAUGGGCACUGAAGAGUGCAUGGGCUGAAUAUGAAGAUGAUCAUGGCAUAGUCGUGGGCAAUGUGACAGACUCCGGCAAUACUACAAAAAGAGACAUAAUCUAUGAGGCUGCAUGGUAG